AUGGAUCCCAUGUCAGCCUUGGAAAACAGCAAAGCCGCACGUUCUGUGCUGGCGUGUCUGCCAUGUCGCUCACGUCAUGUCAAAUGUGACGGGAAACAACCCAGCUGCAGCCGCUGCGAUGCGGGCGCCAAGCAGUGCCUCUACACUCGGUCGCGUCGCGGUGGCCUGGACCGCGCUACUCUGGCCGAGCGGCGCAAACAGCGGGCGGCCGCUUCGCAAGCAGCAUUGCAGGAAGCAGCCGACCCUCGAUCGCAAAUCAUCGAGUUAGACUCCUCCAGCAGUUGGAGCCCACGCGAUGCAAGUAGCGACGGGACCGCUAGUAUGACGUCGCCCGCGAUUCAAGUCCUCGCCGACAACAUUGCGAAUGAUCCUUUGGUAGAGUCAUACUACCGAAACUUUCACAUAUUCCAUCCAUUCUUACUUCCUCGAAAACAUUUGAUGAGGCUCUAUCAAGAUGCAAGCAAGCAGCCUAGCUUGCGACCUCUAAUCGCUAUCGUACGCUUGGUCGGAUAUAUAUUCAAUGCGCGAGAAUGGUCUGCUCCGCUCAAGGACCACGUCGAGGCCUGCUUCUUGCAAGCGCCACCGACAGACCCCGUUCUAGUCCAGUGUCGACUCAUCUACUCCAUGGCCUUGUUCUGGUAUGACUGCAAGAACGAAGCGAAAUCCGACAUGGACGCUGCUAUCAAGCUGGCCGUUGACUUGCAGAUGUUUCGUCGGGAGUUUGCAGCGGAGCAUGGCGCCGAUGACCCAGUAUUGAAGGAAUGCUGGAGGCGAACCUGGUGGAUGCUAUACAUUGUGGAUGGAUACUAUGCGGGUACUCUAGGGACUAAGAAACCUGAGCUUCUAGACAUUGAUGCUACUGUCGAGCUGCCCUGUGAGGAAGCAGAGUAUGAAUCGGGGGACAUUCCCGAACCCAGAACACUUCAAGAGUUCGACUGCCGUGAAUUUGCCCCCGAUAGCACGUUCUCAUCCUUCGCCUAUCUCAUCGGUGCCGUACAAUGCGCCGCAUUAGCCAUGUCCACCGCGCCGAAAAUCGCGGUCAAGGAGGACUCGAUGCAAGUCAUCCAAGCAGCCGACUCCAUUCUCGACGGGUGGUUGCUCUUACUGCCCAAGGACCGCAAACAAGUCAUGACAAAGACUGGAGAAAUCGAUGAGCUUAUGUACCAAGCACAUCUGCUAAUUCAUGUAGCAACGAUCGGCCUUCACCGACCAUUUUCAGACCUCAAAUUCAACCCUGUUGAGGAUGUGUCCAGUUGCGCCCGAGACCCAGCCCCGGAUAUUCCGACCCCUGAGCUCGUCAACGUACAUACCGUACGAGUCCUACGAUCUGUUGACGCCCAGAUCCGCCUGCUAGCUCUCCCCGUUCCAGAGUUUCAUCACACCCCAUUUGUCACCUGCAUCAUCAGCGAAGGCACUCUAGCGCUGCUUUCGGCCUGCUGUUUCCUGUUCAAGGGGGUGAAGUUGACGGUCGCCAGAGCCCAGAUUCGCAUGAUGAUCGGCUGUCUCAAUGCGCUGGGCGAGUUGUGGCCACGAACCGCCAGGAAUGUACGGGAGAUCCAGACGAUCGCGCACCAUGUGUUAGGCCUUGAGCCAGCGAGGAAUCACAAGACGCUCUCAUCUAGUCAAGUACGACUCUCUAAUGAUGGCCAAGGAACUUCUGGGCUAGAUACUAGAGGAUGGAACGACAGCGUUGACAUGGUGCCGUCUCUAAGUUCUCUUGAAGAUCUUUGUGGGUGGUACAACCUUGACAGCUUCGAUCCAGACCUUUCCUGGGACAUGAGUUUGGGUCAUUGCCAGGCUGGCACGCCUUCAAAUCAAUAA